GCUGCUCACAGAGCAGCUGCAGCUUCAGUCUCCACCACUGGGGGCGCUGAUGAGCUGAAAGCCGUCUGCCGGAAAAUCAGCGCGAGACGCAGAAGAAGAAACUGCAGUUUGGGCGCCAAAGCAGAUUUAAAAGAAGCCUCAUCUUGUAAACUUUGACCACAACAACUCAGUCUCCUCUCACGGUGUGACUCUAGUUUCCUCUCCGGCUUCUCCGUUGGAAGACUCUUCUCUCUGCCGCGGUCCACGGACACGGACACGGACACGGUCGGCGGCGAGCUAACGGCGGCAGUAACCGAUCUAUCUCAGUCAAGAGCAGAGGGGCCGAAACAGCCACACCUGAAGGUUUUCCUCAGGACUCUUCAGGGAGACAGAAGAUGGAGUUUUAAUGAAGAGUGGUACUCUUUACACCCUGUUCAGAUCAGAACUCAGACUAGUUUCAGUUACCAGGAGGUGAAGCUCAGCCUGAGCGGUGAGAUGGAACAGAAAGCAGUUCAUCUGGACCGAGAGACUUUCUCUUGUCCGAUCUGUUUGGACCUACUGAAGGAUCCGGUGACUAUUCCCUGUGGACACAGCUACUGCAAGAACUGUAUUAACGACCACUGGGACACAGAGGUUGAGAGGAGGAUCUACAGCUGCCCUCAGUGCAGGAAGAGCUUCACACCGAGGCCUGAGCUGCUGAAAAACACCAUGUUGGCAGCUUUAGUGGAGCAGCUGAAGAAGACUGAACUCCAAGAUGCUCCUGCUGAUCUCUGCUGUGCUGGACCUGAAGAUGUGGCCUGUGAUGUCUGCACUGGGAGGAAACUGAGAGCAACUAAGUCCUGUCUGCAGUGUCUGGCCUCUUACUGUGAGAAACACCUGCAGCCUCAUUAUCAGUCAGCUACAUUUAAGAAACACAAGCUGGUGGAGCCGUCAGAGAAGCUCCAGGAGAACAUCUGCUCUCGUCACGAUGAGGUGAUGAAGAUGUUCUGCCGUACUGAUCAGCAGUAUAUCUGUUAUCUCUGCUCUGUGGAGGAACAUAAAGGCCACGACACAGUGUCAGCUGCAGCAGAGAGGCAGAGAGAGCUGGGGGAGAGUCAACGCAACAUCCAGCAGAGAAUCCAGGACAGAGAGGAAGAUGUGAAGCUGCUUCAACAGGAGGUGGAGGCCAUCAAUGGCUCUGCUGAUAAAGCAGCGGAGCACAGUCAGAAGACUUUCACUCAGAUGUUCCAUGUCAUGGAGAAAAGACGCUCUGAUUUGAAGCAGCAGGUCAGAUCCCAGCAGGAAACUGAAGUGAGUCGAGUCAAAGAGCUUCAGGAGAAGCUGGAGCAGGAGAUCACUGAGCUGAAGAGGAAAGACGCUGAGCUGAAGAAGCUCUCACACACAGAGGAUCACAACCAGUUUCUACACAACUACCCCUCGCUGUCAGCACUCAGUGAGUCUACACACUCAUCCAGCAUCAACAUCCGUCCUCUCAAGUACUUUGAGGAUGUGACAGCAGCUGUGUCAGAGGUCAGAGACAAACUACAGGACGUCCUGAGAGACACAUGGACCAACAUCUCACUGACAGUGGAUGUUUUACCGUCACUACCAGAGCCCAAGACCAGAAAUGACUUCUUAAAAUAUUCAUGUGAACUCACACUGCAUCCAAACACGGCAAACAAACGUCUGUUCUUAUCAGAGGGCUACAGAAAGGCAACAUUAUUGAGGCUACCACUGUCUUUUCCUGAUCACCCAGAUAGAUUCAAUGAUUGUUGUCAGGUCCUGAGUAGAGAGAGUCUGACUGGACGUUGUUACUGGGAGGUGGAGUGGAGAGAGACAGAAUCGAGUUGGACUGCAAAUGGAGUAGCAGUCGCAUACAAAAGAGAGUACUGGGAACGUUCUUAUUUUGGAUUCAAUAAAAAAUCCUGGAUGUUAGUUCGUAAAACCAAUAAUUAUGAGUUUCAUCACAACAAAGUCCAAACUCCCUCCUUAGGUCCUGAGUCCUCCAGAGUUGGAGUGUACCUGGAUCACAGUGCAGGUAUUCUGUCCUUCUACAGCGUCUCUGACACCAUGACUCUCCUCCACAGAGUCCAGACCACAUUCACUCAGCCGCUCUAUGCUGGACUUCGGUUUUGUGGGACGGUUACAGACUCUGCUGAGUUUUGUGAACUCAAAUAGUCUGAAGUCAUUUCAGGGUCAGUGGGUUAAAUUUUGUGUUUCAGUUCUUCAGACUUGUUGUGUUUCCAUCAUUGUUGCUGAGAGCUGAUUGUUGUGGCAUUUCUUCACUGCACACAGAUCAACCUGUCAAUCAAACACUGUGGGCGGUACUUUGACGCCUUCUUGUUCUGUAAAUGUUGGACUUUGUUCAGGCGGCGCUCCUUCCUGUGUCUGUUCAGCCACGGAGGCUCUCGCUGCUCAUGAUGACUUCACUUCACAUGAUCAUAAUCAAUAAGGAGAUGCUUCAUUAUUUGCUUGUACAUAGCUGAGAUUCUGCUCCAACACACUGACUGUGUGGAUGAAGUGAAUCUGCUGUUUAACAGACUUUACUGACGGGACGUGUGAACAUCCUGGAGCUUUAAAUCAUUAAUAAACAAACGUGAACAAA